AUGUUUCCUAUGUCACUUAUUUUGGAUUUUAAUUCUGGGGUGAGGUGGGCAUUUGCAGCAGGAGUUAGAAGAUUUUCUCUAAAAGAACUGAAGACUGCAACAGAAAAUUUCGCACAUGGAAAUAUCUGUUGUAGAAAGGGAUUUUGUAAGUUGUAUAAAGGCGAGUUAGAAAAUGGGUUUAUAGUGGCAGUUAAAAGAUUUGAACAGCAAGGCAUCUCACGUGCACAGCCGCUUCUCAAAGCAGAAGUCGAAACGAUGAGAAUUGCUGUUCAUCCAAAUAUACUUGGCUUGGUCGGUGUUUGCAUUACGCAAAAUGAAAAGCUGCUCGUUUAUCCCUUCAUGGUCAACAUAACUGUUGGAUCAUGCUUAAGAGAUCGACCGAAGUCACAACCUCCACUUGAUUGGCCAGUAAGAAAACGGAUAGCAUUGGGGGCUGCAAGGGGUCUUUCCUACAUGCACGAUGAAUGUGAGAGUAAAAUCAUCCAUCGCGACGUCAAAGCUGCAAAUAUAUAUUUGAACGAGGACUUUGAUGCAAUUAUUGGUAACUUUGAGUUGGCCAUACCCACGGACCACGGUGUUACACGUGUGGAAAAAAAUGUAGGCGGAACAUUUGGUCAUGUAGCUCCUGAAUACCUCUCCGAUGGUAUUUGUUCGGUGCAAUCUGAUGUGUAUAGUUAUGGCAUAUUUCUUCUUGAGCUCGUCACUUGUCAGAGGAAGACAUGUUGUUAG